AUGGAGAACGAAAUUUUUACUCCCCUCCUGGAGCAGUUUAUGACCAGCCCCUUGGUCACUUGGGUUAAAACGUUUGGACCUCUGGCUGCAGGAAAUGGGACCAACCUGGAUGAAUAUGUGGCUUUGGUUGAUGGGGUAUUCUUGAACCAGGUCAUGCUCCAAAUCAAUCCUAAAUCGGAGAGUCAGAGAGUAAAUAAAAAGGUCAACAAUGAUGCAUCACUUAGAAUUCAUAAUCUAUCCAUUUUGGUGAGACAGAUAAAAUUUUAUUACCAGGAGACUUUGCAGCAAUUGAUCAUGAUGUCAUUGCCAAAUGUCUUAAUCAUUGGCAAAAAUCCUUUUUCUGAACAAGGCACAGAAGAAGUUAAAAAGUUGCUUUUACUUUUACUGGGUUGUGCAGUUCAGUGUCAGAAAAAAGAAGAAUUUAUUGAAAGAAUUCAAGGUUUAGAUUUUGAUACAAAAGCAGCAGUUGCCGCACAUAUUCAAGAGGUAACCCAUAAUCAGGAAAAUGUGUUUGAUCUGCAAUGGAUGGAAGUGACUGAUAUGUCUCAGGAGGAAAUAGAGCCACUCUUGAAAAAUAUGGCAUUACAUCUAAAAAGACUUAUAGAUGAAAGAGAUGAACAUUCAGAGACUAUCGUAGAACUCUCUGAAGAAAGGGAUGGUCUUCAUUUUUUACCCCAUGCCUCUUCAUCUGCACAGUCACCCUGUGGUUCUCCAGGCAUGAAGCGAACAGAAAGUCGACAACAUCUGUCAGUGGAACUGGCAGAUGCUAAGGCAAAGAUAAGAAGGCUUAGGCAGGAAUUGGAGGAAAAGACUGAACAGUUGUUGGACUGUAAACAAGAACUUGAGCAAAUGGAAAUAGAACUAAAAAGGCUGCAACAAGAGAACAUGAAUUUGCUUUCGGAUGCUCGUUCCGCUAGAAUGUACCGAGAUGAAUUAGAUGCACUUCGGGAGAAGGCAAUCAGAGUGGAUAAGCUUGAAAGUGAAGUCAGCAGAUACAAAGAAAGACUACAUGAUAUUGAAUUUUAUAAGGCAAGAGUUGAGGAAUUAAAAGAAGAUAAUCAAGUUUUAUUAGAAACAAAAACCAUGUUGGAAGAUCAAUUAGAAGGAACUAGAGCUCGUUCUGAUAAAUUACAUGAAUUAGAAAAAGAGAAUUUACAACUGAAAGCUAAACUGCAUGAUAUGGAAAUGGAACGUGAUAUGGAUAGAAAAAAGAUUGAAGAAUUAAUGGAAGAAAAUAUGACUUUGGAAAUGGCACAGAAACAAAGUAUGGAUGAAUCAUUACAUCUUGGCUGGGAGCUGGAACAAAUAUCUAGAACUAGCGAACUCUCUGAAGCACCACAAAAAUCCUUGGGCCAUGAAGUGAAUGAAUUAACAUCAAGUAGAUUAUUGAAGUUGGAGAUGGAAAACCAGAGUCUGACAAAAACUGUGGAAGAACUUCGGAGUACUAUGGAUUCUGCCGAAGGCAACACUUCCAAAAUCCUGAAAAUUGAAAAAGAAAAUCAAAGACUAAGUAAAAAGGUUGAAAUUCUUGAAAACGAGAUUAUUCAAGAAAAGCAAAGUCUUCAGAAUUGUCAGAAUUUAAGCAAGGAUCUAAUGAAGGAGAAGGCUCAACUUGAAAAAACAAUUGAAACACUUAGAGAAAAUUCAGAAAGACAGAUUAAAAUAUUGGAACAGGAAAAUGAACAUCUGAAUCAAACCGUGUCUUCUUUAAGGCAGCGAUCCCAGAUAAGUGCUGAAGCGAGGGUGAAAGACAUUGAAAAAGAAAAUAAAAUUCUCCAUGAAUCUAUCAAAGAAACAAGUAGCAAGUUAAGUAAGAUUGAAUUUGAAAAAAGACAAAUUAGGAAAGAAUUGGAACAUUAUAAAGAAAAAGGAGAACGAGCAGAAGAACUUGAAAAUGAGUUGCAUCAUCUUGAGAAAGAAAAUGAAUUGUUACAGAAAAAGAUAACCAAUUUAAAAAUUACUUGUGAAAAAAUUGAGGCCUUAGAACAAGAAAAUUCAGAGCUAGAAAGAGAAAAUAGAAAAUUAAAAAAAACAUUAGAUAGUUUUAAAAACCUUACUUUUCAGUUAGAAUCCCUAGAAAAAGAGAAUUCCCAACUAGAUGAGGAAAACUUAGAACUGCGAAGGAAUGUGGAAUCUUUGAAGUGUGCAAGCAUGAAAAUGGCUCAGCUACAGCUAGAAAAUAAAGAACUGGAAAGUGAAAAAGAGCAGCUUAAGAAGGGUUUAGAACUCAUGAAAGCAUCUUUCAAGAAAACAGAACGCUUAGAAGUUAGCUACCAGGGUUUAGAUACAGAAAAUCAGAGGCUACAGAAAGCUCUAGAAAAUAGCAAUAAAAAAAUUCAACAGUUAGAGAGUGAACUACAAGACUUAGAGAUGGAAAAUCAAACAUUGCAGAAAAACCUAGAGGAGUUAAAAAUAUCCAGCAAAAGACUAGAACAACUAGAAAAAGAAAAUAAAUCAUUAGAGCAAGAGACUUCUCAACUGGAAAAAGAUAAGAAGCAACUGGAGAAAGAAAAUAAAAGACUCCGACAGCAAGCAGAAAUAAAAGAUACCACAUUGGAAGAAAAUAAUGUGAAAAUUGGGAAUUUGGAAAAAGAAAACAAAACCCUUUUCAAAGAGAUCAGUAUUUUUAAAGAAUCCUGCAUUCGUCUGAAAGAAUUAGAGAAAGAAAAUAAGGAGCUUGUGAAAAGAGCAACUAUUGAUGUAAAAACUUUGGUUACAUUACGAGAGGAUUUGGUGUGUGAAAAAUUGAAGACUCAACAAAUGAAUAAUGAUCUUGAAAAAUUAACUCAUGAGCUUGAAAAGAUAGGGCUAAAUAAAGAGCGACUCUUGCAUGAUGAGCAGAGUACUGAUGACAGGUACAAACUUUUGGAAUCAAAAUUAGAAUCGACUCUAAAGAAGUCUCUUGAAAUUAAAGAAGAAAAAAUUGCUGCUUUAGAAGCUCGAUUAGAAGAAUCCACAAAUUACAACCAGCAGUUGCGCCAAGAACUUAAAACAGUGAAAAAGAACUAUGAAGCUCUCAAACAGAGACAAGAUGAAGAAAGGAUGGUACAGAGCUCUCCUCCAACUUCUGGUGAAGAUAAUAAAUGGGAGCGAGAAAGUCAAGAAACGACUAGAGAGCUUCUGAAGGUUAAAGACAGAUUAAUUGAAGUAGAAAGAAAUAAUGCUACAUUGCAAGCAGAGAAGCAAGCACUGAAAACUCAACUGAAGCAACUUGAGACACAGAACAAUAAUUUGCAGGCUCAGAUUCUUGCACUUCAGAGGCAGACAGUGUCCUUACAGGAGCAGAAUACUACUCUUCAAACGCAGAAUGCGAAGCUUCAGGUUGAAAAUUCUACCCUUAAUUCACAAAGUACUUCACUGAUGAACCAGAAUGCACAACUCCUAAUCCAGCAGUCUUCCUUAGAAAAUGAAAAUGAAGCUGUAAUCAAAGAGCGAGAAGACCUGAAAUCUCUCUAUGAUUCUCUGAUCAAAGAUCAUGAAAAGCUGGAACUUCUUCAUGAACGGCAGGCUUCAGAGUAUGAGUCUCUCAUCGCUAAACAUGGAACUCUAAAGUCUGCCCACAAAAAUCUUGAAGUAGAACAUAAAGACCUUGAAGAUCGUUACAAUCAGUUACUAAAACGGAAAGGACAGUUGGAAGAUUUGGAAAAAACACUGAAAGUAGAACAGGAAAAAAUGCUGCUUGAAAACAAAAACCAUGAGACUAUAGCUGCAGAAUAUAAGAAACUUUGUGGUGAAAAUGAUAGGUUGAAUCAUACAUAUAAUCAGCUUGUAAAAGAAACUGAAGUUUUACAAACUGACCAUAAAAACUUGAAAAGUCUUCUAAAUAAUUCCAAACUGGAACAAACCAGAUUAGAAGCUGAAUUUUCAAAGUUAAAGGAACAAUACCAACAGUUGGACAUCACAUCCACCAAGCUCAAUAACCAGUGUGAGUUGCUAAGCCAACUUAAAGGAAAUUUAGAAGAAGAAAAUCGACAUCUACUAGAUCAAAUUCAGACAUUAAUGCUACAGAACAGAACACUAUUGGAGCAAAAUAUGGAAAGCAAAGAUCUCUUUCAUGUUGAACAAAGACAAUACAUCGAUAAGUUAAAUGAAUUAAGACGACAAAAGGAGAAAUUAGAAGAGAAAAUAAUGGAUCAAUACAAAUUUUAUGACCCAUCUCCCCCUAGAAGGAGAGGCAACUGGAUUACUCUAAAAAUGAGAAAAUUGAUAAAAUCUAAGAAAGAUAUUAAUCGGGAACGUCAGAAAUCUCUUACAUUAACACCUACCCGCUCAGACUCCAGUGAAGGAUUUCUUCAACUCCCCCAUCAAGAUAGUCAAGAUAGUUCUUCAGUAGGCUCAAAUUCUUUAGAAGAUGGCCAAACUUUGGGGACCAAGAAAAGCAGCAUGGUUGCACUGAAAAGACUGCCCUUUUUGAGGAACAGACCGAAGGAUAAAGACAAAAUGAAGGCCUGCUACCGUCGUUCCAUGUCCAUGAAUGACCUGGUGCAGUCCAUGGUCCUAGCAGGAGGACAGUGGACAGGUAGUACUGAGAAUUUGGAGGUUCCUGAUGAUAUUUCAACGGGUAAAAGGAGAAAAGAAUUGGGAGCUAUGGCCUUCUCUACUACAGCCAUCAACUUUUCAACUGUCAACUCUUCUACAGGCUUCAGAUCCAAGCAGUUGGUUAAUAAUAAAGAUACUACAUCCUUUGAAGACAUAAGUCCACAAGGUAUUAGUGAUGAUUCUAGUACGGGAUCAAGAGUUCAUGCUUCAAGACCAGCCAGCCUUGAUAGUAGCAGAACAUCCACUAGCAAUAGUAAUAAUAAUGCUUCACUCCAUGAAGUCAAAGCAGGUGCAGUUAAUAUCCAAAGCAGGCCACAAAGCCACAGCAGUGGAGAAUUUAGCCUGCUUCAUGAUCAUGAAGCUUGGUCCAGCAGUGGUAGCAGUCCAAUCCAAUACUUGAAAAGACAGACCAGAUCAAGUCCAAUGCUCCAGCACAAAAUGCCUGAAACGUUAGAGAGUCGAGCACAUCACAAGAUCAAAACUGGUUCUCCUGGAAGUGAAGUUGUUACUCUACAACAGUUUUUGGAAGAAAGCAACAAGCUUACCUCAAUACAGAUAAAGUCCUCAAGUCAAGAGAAUCUUUUAGAUGAAGUAAUGAAAAGUUUGUCUGUCUCUUCUGACUUUUUGGGAAAAAACAAACCAGUUAGCUGUGGUCUGGCCAGGUCAGUAAGUGGAAAAACCCCAGGAGACUUCUAUGAUAGACGGACAAGUAAGCCUGAACAAUUUAUGAGACCCAGUCCUCGAAAGACUGAAGAUGCCUACUUCAUUAGCUCUCCAGGAAAACCUACCUUAGGCACUCAAGGAAAGAUAAAAUUAGUGAAAGAAACUUCUCUGUCACGACAAUCAAAAGAUAGUAAUCCUUAUGCCACUUUACCUCGUGCAAGCAGUGUGAUCUCUACUGCUGAAGGAACUACUCGAAGGACAAGCAUCCAUGAUUUUCUGACCAAGGACAGUAGACUACCUAUAUCAGUUGAUUCUCCACCAGCUACUGCUGAUAGCAACAUCACUGCAGCAUCUCAUGUGGACAAAGUACAAGAAAGCAGAAAUUCAAAAAGCAGGUCUAGGGAGCAACAAAGCUCCUAA